AUGAAGGAGUGGUGGCUGCAGGUGGGGCUGCUGGGCGUGCCCCUCCUCGCCGUCUACCUGCACAUCCCACCCCCCCAGCUUUCCCCGGCGCUCCGCUCCUGGAAAUCCUCCGGAAGCUUCUUCACCUACAAGGACCUCAGCAUCUUCUACAGAGAUUCCAGCGGCGCUGUCGGCAGCUCUGACGUCGUGGUGCUCCUGCACGGCUUCCCAACGUCCAGCUAUGACUGGAGCAAGAUCUGGGAAGGGCUGACCCAGCGCUUCCACCGGGUGAUUGCCCUGGAUUUCCUCGGAUUUGGAUUCAGUGACAAGCCUAGGCCCCAUGGCUACUCCAUCUUCGAGCAGGCCACCAUCGUGGAGGGGCUGCUGCGCCACCUCGGGCUCCGGCACCAGCGGAUCAACCUCCUGUCCCACGACUACGGGGACACGGUGGCCCAGGAGCUGCUCCACAGGUAUGAGCGCAACAAAACUGGAAGCAUCCUGAUCAACAGCCUCUGUUUGUCCAACGGAGGGAUUUUUCCCGAAGCGUACUACCCCCGCUUCAUCCAGAAGCUCCUCAAGGAUGGGGGGUUGCUGUCUCCCAUCCUCCUGCGCCUGAUGAACUUCUUCUUCUUCUCCGGAGGGCUCAGAGCAGUUUUUGGGCCCUACACGCAGCCCUCCCAGGCGGAAUUCUGGGAUAUGUGGACGGCAGUGCGGAAUAACGACGGGAAUCUCGUUAUGGACAGUAUUUUGCAGUACAUAAACCAGAGAAAGAAGCACAGAGAGCGCUGGGUUGGGGCUUUGAUGUCUACCUCGGUCCCACUGCAUCUCAUCUACGGGCCCCUGGACCCUGUGAAUCCACACCCGGAGUUCCUCCAGCUUUACAAGAAGGUGCUUCCCACGUCCACAGUGUCCGUGCUGGAUGACCACAUCAGCCACUAUCCCCAGCUGGAGGAUCCCAUGGGAUUUCUGAAUGCCUAUCUGAACUUCAUCAACUCCUUCUGAGCUGCUGCAGCUCAGGUCUCACUCUUUGCUUAGAGUCAGGCUUUGGGGGCAGGAAAAAACAUUGAUUUUUCUCUCCCAAAUCCAACACUGCGCUCACAGCCUCAC